UAAAAUAGAAGAUUUGAACAAUAUGCCAGUUCAAGACAUGCUUGUACAUUUACAUAAUGAUAUGUUUUCUCAUAUAAAUCAAAUAUUGGUGAAUGGUGGGCCUGCAAAUCCCUCGAAUGAAGAAGGGAAUAAUUAA